GCGACUGGGUGACUGCGCAGCUGCCAUGUUGGUUGCUAUGCUGCUGCCUGUCUGAGGGCAGGCGGGAGAGAAAAAAAAAGGAAGGAGGGAGGCUGGCUCUGGGGAGGGGAGGAAGACGGAGGAGGAGGCGGCGGCACCAGCACCCGCGAUUGCUGCCAAUCCUCGCGCCCCCCCCACCCCGUCCAAUCUUCUUUCCUCAGCGCAGACAGGCAUUGCCCUGCUGGAUAGCUACCGCCUCCCCCCCCCUCCUUCCUCACCCUUGGGCUCCAGGCGAAGGAAGCGAGAGAAGAGGAAAGAAAUCCUCCUUGGGGGUGGGUGGGGUUAGGCGGGGGGGGUGGUUUUCCCUCAGGGAGGCGACGACCGAACCCUUCUCUCUCUCCCCGCCGCCCCACAACCUUCGCUCGGUUUCCCCCGUGGCUGGGGAGGCGGGAACACUCGGUCGCCUUCCGCGUCUCCUCUUCCCUCCCUCCAUCCUCGCCUUUUUCUGCUUGCAGGAGGAAUGUGGGGGGGCCUUGAGUUGAGAGUGGGGCGCUGGGGGCAACGGCUGCGGGAGACCCCGCUUCCUUUCGGCCUGCUGUUACGUGGGGGCACAAGAACUAAAUUGAACUGAGCGGAGGGCUUGAACUCGUCCCUUUUUUUGGGGGGGGGAUACCCCCCCUUCCUCCUCCCCUCCACUUUUUUUUUUUUUACCUUUCGCCUUUCGAGUUGGUUUGUUGCUUCGUUGCCGUUCUCUGGAAGGACGAGGCUUGUUAUAUAUGAAGACGCUGUGUGGACAGUAAUGACUGGACGUUUCCGAUUGCCUGCUGGCAGAACCUACAAUGUACGAGCAUCUGAGCUGGCACGAGAUAGACAGCAUACAGAGGUGGUCUGCAAUAUUCUUCUUCUAGAUAAUACUGUACAAGCAUUCAGACUUAACAAACAUGAUCAGGGGCAAGUUCUGUUGGAUGUAGUUUUCAAACAUCUUGAUCUGACUGAGAGAGACUAUUUUGGUUUACAAGUGGCUGAUGAUUCUGCUGAUAACCCUAGGUGGCUGGAUCCAAACAAGCCAAUUAGGAAACAGUUGAAAAGAGGAUCACCCCACAAUUUGAACUUCAGAGUCAAAUUUUUUGUAAGCGAUCCUAAUAAGCUUCAAGAAGAAUAUACACGGUACCAGUAUUUUUUGCAAAUUAAACAAGAUAUUCUUACUGGAAGAUUGCCCUGUCCUUAUAAUACCGCUGUACUCUUGGCUUCCUAUGCUGUUCAGUGUAAGUACAUAUCUGAAUUGGGAGACUACAACCUUACAGAUAACUUCCCGGGCUACCUCUCGGAUUACUCUUUCAUCCCUGGCCAGCCUCAAGACUUUGAAAAAGAAAUAUCCAAACUACAUCAGCAACAUAUAGGUUUGUCUCCAGCUGAAGCAGAGUUCAGUUAUCUCAGUACUGCCCGAACCUUAGAACUCUAUGGAGUUGAACUGCACUAUGCAAGGGAUCAAAGUAAUAAUGAAAUUAUGAUUGGAGUAAUGUCAGGAGGCAUACUCAUUUAUAAGAACAGGGUACGAAUUAACACCUUUCCAUGGUUGAAAAUCAUAAAAAUUUCUUUUAAAUGCAAGCAGUUUUUCAUUCAACUUAGAAAGGAAUUGCAUGAAUCUAGAGAAACUUUAUUGGGCUUCAACAUGGUGAAUUAUCGAGCGUGUAAAAAUUUAUGGAAAGCUUGUGUAGAACAUCAUACUUUUUUCCGGUUGGACAGACCACUGCCACCUCAGAAGAACUUUUUUGCACAUUAUUUUACUUUAGGGUCAAAGUUUCGGUACUGUGGGAGAACAGAAGUCCAGUCUGUACAAUAUGGCAAAGAAAGGGCAAACAAGGACAGGGUGUUUGCCAGAUCCCCAAGUAAACCUUUGGCUCGCAAAUUGAUAAGUGGGAUGGACUGGGAGGUUGUCAGCAGAAAUUCAUUGUCUGAUGACAGGUUAGAAACUCAAAGUUUACCAUCCCGUUCUCCACCUGGAACCCCUAAUCAUCGCAACUCCACAUUUACUCAAGAGGGAAACCGUUUACGGCCAUCUUCAGUUGGACAUUUAGUAGACCGUGUAAUCCAUACUUCACCCAGUGAGGUAUUUGCAAAUCAUCGGUCGCCUUCUUCUACACAGGCCAAUAGUAUAAUUCUAGAAUCAUCACCGUCUCAAGAGACCCCUAUAGAUGGCCAACCACCUGCACUGCCACCUAAACAAUCUAAAAAGAAUAGUUGGAACCAAAUUCAUUAUUCACAUUCACAGAUAGAAUUGGAUAACCAUAUAAAUGAAACAUAUGAUGAUGAUUCUUCCUCGUCUCCUGAAAAAUCUACUCCAAAUGGUGGGAUUCCUCAUGACAAUCUUGUUCUGAUCAGAAUAAGACCUGAUGAAAAUGGCAGAUUUGGUUUCAAUGUAAAGGGUGGAUAUGACCAGAAGAUGCCUGUCAUAGUGUCUAGGGUGGCCCCCGGAACACCUGCAGAUGUUUGUGUCCCUCGUUUGAAUGAAGGAGAUCAGGUUGUAUUGAUUAAUGGCAGGGAUAUAUCAGAACACACCCACGAUCAAGUUGUUAUGUUUAUUAAAGCUAGCUGUGAGCGGCACUCAGGGGAACUUGUACUCCUAGUUCGACCCAAUGCUGUUUACGAAGUAGUAGAAGAAAAGCUAGAAAGUGAGCCAGAUUUCCAGUACAUACCUGACAAGGCCCCACAUGAUGGAAUUCACCAGGAUGACAAUGCUCUGAGAGAAUCAAUGUUUCAACUAGCGGAAGGGCUUAUCACUGGAACAGUCCUGGCUCAGUUUGAUCAACUUUAUAGGAAGAAGCCUGGGAUGACAAUGUCUUGUGCCAAAUUACCUCAAAAUAUUUCCAAAAAUAGAUACAGAGACAUUUCGCCUUAUGAUGCUACACGGGUCAUUUUAAACAGUAAUGAUGAUUACAUCAAUGCAAAUUAUAUAAAUAUGGAAAUUCCUUCUUCUAGUAUAAUCAAUAAAUACAUUGCCUGUCAAGGUCCUUUGCCCAACACUUGCCCAGAUUUUUGGCAGAUGACCUGGGAACAAAGCUCCUCGAUGGUUGUUAUGUUAACCACUCAAGUGGAAAGGGGCAGAGUAAAAUGUCAUCAAUACUGGCCAGAGCCUGGCGGAAGCUCUUUAUAUGGGAAUUUCCAAGUCACCUGUCAUUCAGAAGAAGGAAAUCCUGCCUAUGUCUUCAGGGAGAUGACAUUAUUUAACUUGGAGAAAAAUGAGGAUCGUCCGCUCACUCAGAUCCAGUACGUAGCAUGGCCUGAUCAUGGAGUUCCUGAUGAUUCCAGUGAUUUCUUAGAUUUUGUAUGUCUUGUCCGGAAAAGAAGGGCUGGGAAAGAAGAACCUGUUAUUGUCCAUUGCAGUGCAGGGAUUGGACGAACUGGAGUUCUUAUUACUAUGGAAACAGCAAUGUGUCUUAUUGAAUGUAAUCAACCUGUUUAUCCCUUGGAUAUUGUAAGAACAAUGAGAGAUCAAAGGGCAAUGAUGAUCCAAACACCUAGUCAAUACAGAUUCGUUUGUGAGGCUAUUUUGAAAGUGUACAAAGAAGAACUUGUUAGACCUUUAAAGACAUCACUGAAUAAGUAGGAAGCAAAAGAUAACUUUCAGAGAAGAUUCUACAUAAGACACAAACUAUUUGUGCUAUAAUGUUUCUUGAAAGAAAUGAUGUCUGAAAAUAAUGAAGAACUGAAAAGGACUUCAGCACUAUUGCACUUUAAGUUAAAACUGAAAAUCAGUCUCUAAAACACUAUGCUCUGUGUUGAAAGACUCCAUUCAUGCUUUGCUUCAAACAAGCCACAGAAUUAAUGAGCUCCAUGAGUUCUGGAUAAUUUUCCAGACUUGGUUGCAGUGCCAUAUAGCCCUUUUGUUCGAAAUGCUACAAAAAAGAAAAAGGAAAAAAAAAAGCUUGGAAUACUUUCAUUCUUUAUUUGACACCUGUUUCUAAAGCAACAACAAUACAUGCAAAGCUAUUUCUUCCAAUGCUAAAGUUGUCAUGUUAUUUGCUACCUUUUAUUUUGGUGAAAUAUUAGCAAUAUUCCUUUUAUUAGAUACACUGCCUACUGAAACAGCACAUUUCUCCCUGUGCCCUUCUAGAAUCUAACCUGAUUACUAACAGAAGGCUGCAGUAUGAUCUAACCCAAUAACAGCUGCAUAAUGGCCCACUGAACCAGCAUUUUGUUUAGUUGGUAUAUGAACAUUCUUUGUACUACUCGUUCUAUUCCUGUUUGUCAGCAGAUUAUAGCACCAGUGUGUUCUGAAACAUUGAUGGCGUUACCUAUGGGAAUGAAUGUGUGUAUUUUGUCUUAACCCCUUAAGUGCCUUGAGACUUACAGUGUAUGUCUUAAUGGCAAGGGACUUGUGGCCCUCAAGGGGAAGCUAUCAUCAUAAUUAGAUUCAUUUUAAAAUGUGAUCCUUGGUGCUUAGAAUAUGGUACAGUAAGGGGUCACAAAAAUACUGUUCCUAAAUACUGUUCCUUUUCUCUCUAUAAGUACCUAUGGGUACAUUUUACUGUGGGUAGCAAAAGCACUCUAGCCUAUUAAGUAUAUAACCUUCGUUUACUGCUAUGAAUUGAAAUGGAAAUUCUGACACAUUCCUUUCAACUGGUAAACUGCUAGCAAUUUAUAAUUGAAAGCCAAUAUAUUGAUUUAGAAUUUGUUCUUCUGUUUUCCCUCUCAUUGAAAAGUAGUAACUUGACUAGGAUAUAACAUUUUAAUUGUAUUGAUCUUCUGCUUGAAAUGUGAAGAUCCAAGGUGAGAUUUCCCUAUCAUAGUUAUUUUUCUCCAAGUUCAUGUUUUUGUUUCUGAAGUCAUGUUUAUGUUUUUAAAAGAAAAAUGUGUCAUUAAAGUUUUAUCAUUGUCCCCUAGAGCUUUCCGAUAAGCUCUUUGGGUCUUUCUAUGAUACUUCAUUCAGGAAUUGGCAUAUACCAUUGGAAUUAGCAGAAUCUGAACAGAUUGCAUAUAGGUUUGUUUUUUUUGUUGCAUUCAGAAAUGUUUCUAGGGCAGUCAAAACCCACUAGGCAAUGAUUAAUCAAGCCUUCCUUAGUUAAGUUGACAAUUUAAUUCUUUAUGAACUUAAAUCUGUCUGUAGUUAAAUAUUUUGAUUUGCUACCAGGUUUUUUAAAAAGUGAGAUAUGCAGAAUAUGGAAUGAGACUAUGAAGUUUUUCAAAUGCAUUUGUGUGUGUGUAUGUAUAUGUGCGCAUGUAUAGAAAGAGUGAAAGAGCAUGUAUGUGUAUAUGUAUAGAUAUGCACAUACACACACGCUUCUAUUGUGAUGGGAGAAACUUACAGAUAUGUCAAUAGAUGAGGAGGCACUUUCUCCAAAUCCCCUUUUCCUGCUGUCAGUUGUACUUUCUUAAAACUUGUAGAGGGCUGGAAACAGAGGUAUCUGUUUCUCAUAACUGCUUCCACAGAGGGAUCCCUCACCUUAGAUUAAGAGUCUUCCAUGGACAGGAAAAUCUUCUGUAUGUAACAUGAUGCCUCGAUCCAACCAUGAUGCAUUGAGGAAAUUCCCACUCAGUUUAAAUGCUAUUAUAUAACCCUAUGCCAUGAUGUGAAAUGAAGGAGUUAACAAAAUCUUUUAGAUUAGUUUUAAACAGGCUUGUAAGCUAAGCAGUAUUGUUUCUUUACAAACCAAAUCUAGCAUAUUUCUUUAAUAGUUCUUUAUUGCCUCCACGCACAUACAUACACCUAUACACCAGUGCUACCAUCAAGGAAUUGAUCAGCUAUUCUUUUUUUACCCAUCUUGUGGUUCAAGCAAGAUUGAAUCUGAGUUUCAAAAACUUCCACAUUCUUAAAAGAUUUUUUCCAAUCUGUAGAAAUGUAGUUGUGUUUUCACAAACUGAAGCAAAUGCAAAAUGCACUUCUAUUUCUGACAGCAGUGAAAGUGAAGGAAGUGAUGAAAUCAAGGUUAUUCUAGAUGAAAUAACUGGAAGAUCCAGGGGCUUUUGAUGGGCUGUUACUAUUCUGUAGAAAUAAGAGAUUGGAGAGGGGAGUUUCAUAUGAUAAAGUGCAAUGUGAGAACAGGUGUCGAAGUCUGCAAUCAUCUAAACUUGCCUUACACGUUGGUGUAAGCAACGUAAACCUUUUAAUGGAAUGUCUGCAGUGGUCAUCCUUACUACUGCUAAUUUUUGGUAAAUGCAAAUAAUAAAUGUGCAUCUACUCGUGUUUGCUUAAAAAGAAGCUUUGUAACUGGAAAGUGGGUGUUGACUAAGAUAUUAUUUUUAAUUGUUAUACCAUUGUGCUGGUUAUUUGCAAGGUUGGUUUGCAUUUGGAACAAGUUAAAAAUAUAUUAAAUUAUUAUACCUAUUAUACAUUAAUUAAGCCACUUAAUGAUCAUACUUUUGAUCUUACUAGUACUAUUUUAAUAUAUACUAAUAUAUAUAUAUAUAUAUAUAUAUAUAUAUAUAUAUAUAUAUAUAUAUAUAAAUUAGCUGUUUCUCUGUAAGAUUGUUGAAGGGAAAAAUCUAGAAUGGCUCACCAAUGUGUAUUGUUAAUAUUGUACAUACACUCAUAUUUCUUUGUGAGGUUGCCAAAGGAAUUUAAAUCUACGAGAAACAUUGCUACAACAAGGUACAUCAUUGUUGUAGCAAAGUUUUGGUAUUUGGUAUAUUUAUGCAACAUAGAGACAGAAAUUUUAACUACCUUAAUGUCUUCCCUCCAAGCUGAUUUAAAAGUUACUAAUCCAUGCCAACAAAUAUAUUUUGAAAUUAUAUUUCCUUGGUAGGGUCACAAAUUAAAUGAAUUUAAAUGCCUAAAUUAGAUAAAUGGAAUAAUAAAAGUAUCCUUAUGUCUUUGAAAUGAAUAUUCAAAUUACAUCUGCCCACUAUAUUAAUAUUUUACUAAUAUUUUAUAUGACCUAAAAGUUAAUAACUGCUAAUUGCUUUGCAUUGGGUUAUGAGGAUCUGCAUCAAGCUGAAAUGAAAAAUAUUUUUGUAUAUUUUUGUGUUUCAUUCUGUAUAAAACAUGAAAAUGUGUUUCAGGCAUAAUGUCAUAUAAAAUGAUACGUGUUAUGGAUGUCAGAUUUUAUGGAGAACUAUUUUCUUACUAUUUGCUAAAAACUGGGGAGAAAAAUUGUAACAUUUCCUGUUUUCUAAUUCCAAUUGCUUUCCUUGUAAAUAAGAGCAAUAGGGUAAUAGUUUUGUGCCAAUGUAUUUUUUUUUAAAUGUUGAAAAUUAUAACUAUUUAAGGUACUUUUGAAGAUUUGUUUCAUGCAGAAAUCUAGGACUCUAAGACUUGUUAAAAUGGUUUUUGUUUUGUUUUGCUAUUUAAGUUGUGUGGCUUUGGGAUGAUGGGGUUAUACCAAGUUAAAUAUAAAGUAUCCAUAGUCAUUUUCUGAGGAAUAAAACUGGCUAAUUGCACCACUUAGAGAAAUCCCUCCAAAUCUGAGUGGAAUACGCAUCUCUAGUAACAGAGCCAUUCACCAUUUGCUUAUAGCUGAAUAUUGUGGGUAUAGAAGCAGAUCUCCUCAGAUGCAUUAAAAUAGCCAUGUCCCUGUAUUUUUAUUAUUAAUAUUAGUAUGUGAAGAAAAUUAUUCUUGAUAUAGUUGAUGGAAAUAUUUGAACAAGUAACUUUAGGAUAAAAAUUGGACUAUGUUAAAUUACAGCAUUUCCUGCCGUUAUAGAAACAAUAAAGUCCACCAUUUACUUUGCAGGCCAAAACAAUUUACCAUUUUAAUUCCCCUCCCCCUAAAAUCAUGCUGCAGCUUUCAUCAACAGAUUAAACAAAUCUUUUCUACUUGUAAAAUACACAUUAAUUCUAAUAUCGUCAAGUGUUAUAAUAGUAGUAUCCUGCAAUUAAUUAUUUAGAAAUGCUGCUCUCCUCUAAUCAGAAGGCCCAAAAUGCAAGUGAAGAGAGCUGGAGAGAGGUUUUUUUGAUGGAACUAGUAUAGAUGCACUUUGUUGGAAGCAAAGUACAGAUUAGAAGGUAACAUCUAUGGGAGGUGCAAUGAAUUGCUGCGUAGGGAGGAUAAGUAGUAGAGAGAAAGUGGGAUAUCAGAAAUUUUUACAUCUGGUGGAGGCAGAAUUCUCUCAUAUUUUUAGAAGGGUUCUGCUUGAUGGACAAGAUUACUUCUAUGCAGGCCUUCAGUUGGCAGUGGAUGAUUCUCAGUUCCCUGAGAGUCUUAUAGCAUGUCUGCCCCAGACACUGUAUUAAGCCAUACAUGUUUCAUUCAAGUGUUCCUCAUCUCUGUGACUAAGCUGUCUACAAGGAAUGGAGACAUCUGGUACUAGUAAUCUUAAAUUAAUGUAUAGUUGACAACAAUCACAAAUUAUUUUGAUUUCUACAUGUUUUAAAAUUACAUCCGUACAUCUCCCCAUGAUGUAAAGCAUAUUGACCAGAAAAUUAUUUGCAUGUGUAUUCCACCCAUAUAUAAGAAUAGUAUAUUGUAUUAACCUCCUAAAUAAAUAGAAAGAGUAUAAAGUGGCAGGAAACAACUCAUGUUGCACUAGUUAUUAAUAAAUUUCUAGCUGUUACAAAAGAGCAGAGGACCAGAAGAAAUCUUUUUCUUCUUCCAGAAUCCCUAUGAAUUUUACAAGGCUUUUAGCUGAAGAAAAGUUCCAGCAAAGUUAUUUCCUCUUCUGUAUGCAGCCAUUCACCAUUUGCUUAUAGCUGAAUAUUGUGGUCAUAGAAGCAGAUCCUCAGGUGCAUUAAAAUCGCCAUGGUAGUGAUUUAUAGUAUAUCAGAGCAUAAAAAUUCAUUUUGCCAGUUGGAUUUGCUUCCAAGCAAAUGAGUCGAGAGAUGUCUUUUGAGAGAGAUGCCUUAACUACAAAUACAGUGACUUGGAUCUAAAGAUACUCUUGCAUUUGUGAGAGGUUUCUGUAUUGCAGAAGGGGAUUCCUGCAACAGCUUUCCCUAACCUGGACAUCUUCCAAAUGAAUGUGGAAUUCUGGAAGCUAGAAUACAUACAUCCAGUGGAUUCCCAGAUUGGGAAAGGCUGCCUAACAAUUUCUGUUUACUGUUAUUGCCACAACAAAUGCCAAUGGUUCCUAAUAUUAAGGAUGGAAUUUAAAUUCAGAAAGAAGUGUAAAGGUGCAGGGGUUUUUGACUCAGUCUAUUAGCUAAGAAGUCUGUGUUUUACAUUCUGGGGAGAUGAUAAUCUCAUUUUUCCACAUUUGUUACAAAUCUGUUUUUAGUGAUUUAGUGUGGACUGAUUAGUUUUAAUAUGCAGCUGCCAGGUUUUCAUAAACAUGGAAGAUUAACUUUUUCAGUUAGUGCCAUUAUCACAUGCUGCAAAAUAAGGAACACUGGGUACAGACCUAAAUUCAUCUAGUUCACUGUAAUAUUUAAAUAGUUUAUUUUAAAAAUGGAGACACAUUUAAAACAUAUGGGAAUUGCUAGAAGGGACAAACUAAUAUAUUUGUUUUAAUUUAAUUCUGUUAUAAUGGCUAAGCUAGAAAUGCAAACCAAAGCUAAAAUACUUGUUUCUCAAUCUUCUGAGUGUGAUAACAAAUAGGACAAAAAUCAUCUUGGUUUGGAUAAUUGCCUAGCUGGAGCUUUGAAGGUUUCAUUCCCUAGGUUUAAAUAUUCCUUCAUAUAAACUGCAAUCUGGAUCAUUAGAAUAUUUAAGGAAAUAAUUUCACUGGCAAUAUGGUAAAAUUAUAUUGUCUUAAGUAAAAUGUUAACUGUUGCACGAUAACUCCUACACAAAGCUUUGAAGACCACUAUACUAAUAUUUUGGAAAUUAUUCCCCUGGGAAACAAAAGUGGAUACUUUGGAAAAUAAAAGUUUGACAAUAUUUGCUUACUUAUUACUUAUUUAACAUCAUUUUAAGUGUAUUUCAUUUUUAUCUAAAUUUCUUAAAAGUUCAAAAUAGUAGCACUUUAUGUAAUGCUUUACUACUGAAAAAUUUUUUUAGAUAAAACAAAUCUAUUAUAUGAUUAGAGAGAUGUUUAACUUAAUGAGAGUUUAUUGGGGUGAUUCCUAAUGUGAAUGCUUUAAAGCUUACCUUUCCAGUUUGCUUCCAUCCAUGUUAAAAUGCAUUAAUUAACUCCAAAUUCUUAAUCUUGCCAUCUUCCAGAUAAAUGCUUAAUAUUAAUGCUUCUGUAUCCAUUAUAGUGCUAGGACAGCAUAUUUCAUGAUACAGCAAUGCAGUUCUGAAUCGCACAACUUUUUUUCAAAUUUAGUUUCAGAAUUGUAAUAAUCAGCAAGAUAAAAAUACUCCCACAAAUAGUUAUCAGUUCUUUUAUAUUUAAUUUUCUCAAUAUCUGAUAUUUGCCAUAAAUGAAAAAUUUAUAAUGGGCUUGGAUCCAGUAGUGUACAAUUCAAUGUCUAGUUAUUUAGACAUUUUUCAGACUUGGGAGACCUUGGAGGAAAACUUCAAAUGCAGCUUAAUUACGAAAGCAAAAAUUAUUGAAACUUUUAAUAUAAAUGUGGGAAGGAUUUACAUGCCCACGGAAUGCUUUGAUUCCUAUUUAGCAUUUUUACAUUUGUUUUAAAAUCUAUAAAUCAGCAAGAGUUGUUUGUAUAACUUUAUAAAGAGUAAGUAGUGCACAAAAAUAAUUUUAAGAGGGGAAAGUUGCAAUUUAUGUAGGUAAAGUCUAUGAUAGAAUUGGAAUUUCUAAAAUUAGCACUAAGUUGUAUUGUAUUCUAUUGUUUAAUAAACUAACCAGUAUGAUUAUUUCCACACAUUAGAGGCUGGUUUCAAGUGUAAUGAUAAUAUGGAUACUAACUAAUGAUGCGAUUCUCCUAGCAAAUUCUAAAACAAUUUUGUCUUUAUAUGUAGGAUUUCUUUAUUUCCUUUUUUUCUGGCACAGGUGCUAUUCUGUAUGUAAAUAAUAAAGGAUAUAAAAUUUAGUGUCUGGAUCAUAUCCACUGAUCUAUGGGUGGCCAUAUUUAUUUUUUGCUGGAAUGAAUUUGCAUGUUUUUGUGAUUUUGUGUUGUCCAGUCUAUCUGGAUCUACAUUGCUCAGUGAAUGGGCUUUGACCAUCUCAUUUAUAUCUAAAGCCAAGAUAACUGGCCAUCUUUUGUUGAUUGUGCAAGUUUGUUCUCAUAGAGAUUGUCUUUGAACUUGCGUGUUUUCAUUUUUUAGAAACCAAGAUAAUUCAACUAAGAGCCUGUAUAUUAAAUAGCAGGAAAUGUGCUCUGUUUAACAUGCACUUCGAUUUGUUUAACACUGGACAAUGUAGAAAGAAUUCAUCAUUCAUCACUGCAGCUACUGUAUGUGUUAAAAGGGCCUUAUAUAUUUUGCCAGCAUUGGAGUAUAAGGAGAGUCCUCAUCAUUAAUAAGGUACACUAAUGAUAUACAAUACCAGCAGCUCCCAGAGGAAGAUAAAUAUUUAACAUUUAACAAAUCUUGUUUUAAGUCUUAAGAGCAAAUUCCUUCUAUUAUGUGAAACCUAUGCUGUUAUACAUAUUUUGUGGAUAUAUUUAAUUUUGAUUGACAAAUAGUUGUCUAGGUACAAACUUGAAAAAUAUAUAGUUUACUUGUGAAUCUUAAUUGUUUAAUUGCAAAAUAAAGAUGUGCUUUAGUAAAAACGUUAAGUAUAUUUUUAUUAUGAAAACCUGUGUCUUAAUUAUGCUAUAUUACUCCCUAUCAUUUGUAUAAAUUUUGGAAAUUCUAGGUACUUAUUUCCUUACAAAUAGGAAUUCAUGUUCUGUGUAAGUUUGCACAUACUUGCCCCUAACCAGCACUGAAACUGUAUGUUUAAUACUACUUAUAUUAAAAAUUACAAAUGAGA